AUGCGUACAUGGGAUGCGGUAGGGGCUCCUGGGGUGAUUUCUCAGAGACUAACCAAGAAAGGAGUAGUUGCCGACCGACCGGGGCUGCGGGUGAAGUCAGUACCUUUACCGGACCUCUGUGGCGUACUACGGGUAAACGUUAGUCCACGGAACCUCGGUUCCCUGGCGAAGGUCCCAGGAAACCACAUGUUCAACGUGGGAGAACCGCUCCCUGCAGUUGACUGGAGCCAAUCUGGGAGUCAAACCUGGUACCCCGGGCGCAUGCGUGGAGGAUUACCUGGUCAGUAUUUCCUCAUAUCCGAUGUCCGACUCGAGGUAGAAGGGAAAGAGAAACCGCGGCAUCAAACUCUGACUACCGAGGGGGAGGGAAAGGGAACGGCCAGCCCCUCAGGCGAGGAGGAGGCAGCACGUACGCUUCUAGGAGCUCGCCCGAAGCGCAAGAAGAGGUGCACAGCUAUCGUCAAGGGAACUUACCUGGAAGACGACUCCGAAGCAGGGGAGUCUGGGUCAGAGUGGAGCGCGCAGGGCUCGAACCUGCGGCCAACAAAGAACCCUUCAGUGGGAAAAAGGAACGCCAGAGCCGCGGCUAGGUCCCCAAAGAAAAUCCCGCAGGGGGCAGGCCCUGCGGAAUACAGGCUCAUGUCAGCAUCGGACCUCGGGGCACAGCUAAUGGAGUGGCUCGAGGACAUAGACGCCAUUAGGAUGAGAUGCAAAUCCAUGCACGGCAGACUGAGUGGAGAAAUGAAGACAAAGGUGGGCUUGGCGAAGGAGGCCCUGCUUACCCUUACCGCGAAAGCGGAGGCAGCAGGUGACCCCGCUCUCCUGCAGGCGCGCAACACGGACCUAGAGGCUCAGUUGCGUGAUACCCGUAGGGAAAGGGACGAGCUCCAACGGAAACUCGAGAAAAAUCGAGAAGGCCGAGAGAGGCCUCAGACGGAAAUAGCGAACCGGGCGACAAGCUCAUACGCACAGGCCGCCAGCAGGGGCCCUGUCGCGAGAGCCGGCGAGCGACGGUCGGAAGCCGCCCAAACGACGACGGUGCUUGACCUUGGAGCGGCCACUAGGAGGAGCGAGGUGGAGGCCAAUGAGAGGCCGACGACGGUGACAUCAGCGGGUGCUUCGGAGUUCGAACUUCGCCUAACGGGAUCCGAACUUCGACUCAUCCCGGACAGUGACAGGGUCAGGGAUGAGGAGAUGGCCAGACAGUCCGCGGCCCUGAAACAGGUGCGAGAGGAGGUGGGCAGGAUGUCCCUCCUGCUCCUCGAUGCCUCGAGCAAGAGCGGAGCAGCUGACCAAGACCCUCUUGGUAAGGGUACGGCGCAACCUCGCGGCACGAAGGCCACCACGGAGAAAGUGCAGAGGUCCUCGGGUGACCGGGGUGCGACCGACACUCCGAUGGAAGUUGAUGACGGCGCCGAUGCAGAGAACGGUAAGGGGGGCUGGAGAACGAAGAGGAAGAGAAAAGGAAAGCGCCUUGGGGAGGGAGUGCCGAGUGGGGCAGCAGUGGAAACCACGCAGACUGCCCCAACAGGGGCCCUGCGGCGUACCGGGGAGGACAGACCCACGGUGGCUUGCCGUAGAGCCCCGAAGACAGCAGCCGUUGCUAUCAAAAGCAGAGGGGAGAACACCCCGUAUGCGGAAGUACUCAAGUUCGCACGCGAGAAAAUACAACUCGCGGAGCUGGGUAUAGAGGAGACGAGGGUGCGGCGGGCAGCUAACGGGGGGGUUCUCAUUGAGAUUCCUGGCCCCGAGAAUGCGAGGAAGGCGGACGCUCUAGCGGCGCAGCUGACCAAAGUAAUCCUCGAUAAAUACGGCAACGCAGUCUCAGUGACAAGGCCGGUUAUUAAGGGCGAACUGAGAGUCCUGGGCUUGGAUUACUUAGUGUCCACCGAGGAACUGACUCACACCCUAGCCGAGCAGGGUGGCUGUAAGGUGGAGGAGGUCCGUGUAGGUGUUCCGAGGAGGACACCGAAUGGACUAUACAGUGCGUGGGCACAGUGCCCCCUGAGGGCAGCUGUGGCUGUCGCGAAGAAGGGCAAGGUGAAGAUCGGCUGGACCACGGCCAGGGUAGAGCUGCUGGAGGCGCGCCCCAGGCAAUGCUACAAGUGUUGGGGCUUUGGCCAUAUAGGGAGUAUGUGCAAGGCGUCGACAGAGCGCCGGGCCGCGUGCUACAGGUGCAGCGCUGAGGGCCACCAGGCGCGAGAUUGCACGGCCAACCCCAAAUGCGCGGUCUGCGAGGGGAGAGGGAUAGACAGCGCUCACAGGAUGGGUUCGGGACGUUGUACAUCCAUCGGCAAACGGGGUCGGAGGCCCGCGACUAAUGCAAGCGAGGAUGGUCAGGUACAUACAGUGUAA